UGGAAGCUCCCGCUGUCUUCCUGUCUCGGUGAAGCUGACAGCCGCCGUGGUGAAGGACUACAGACCGUUCGGGAGUUGGAGUCAUGUCGGCAGCUGCUCAGGGGACAAGCAAAGCGGCCCACAGCGAUGUGGCCCCGAAAAAGAAGAAAGGGCCGGGCGCCCUGGCAACGGCCUACUUGGUUAUUUACAAUGUUGUUAUGACAGCCGGGUGGCUGGUGAUCGCAGUGGGUCUGGUUCGAGCUUACCUGGCCAGAGGAAGCUACCAUGGGCUCUAUUACUCUAUAGAAAAGCCGCUGAAGUUCUUUCAGACGGGGGCUCUUCUAGAGAUCUUGCACUGUGCUGUAGGGAUCGUACCAUCCUCUGUGGUCCUGACGGGAUUCCAGGUCAUGUCUCGGGUCUUUCUCACUUGGGCCGUCACUCACAGUGUCAGAGAGGUACAAAACGAGGACAGUGUGCUGCUGUUUGUCGCGGCCUGGACCGUCACAGAGAUCAUCCGCUACUCUUUCUACACCUUCAGCCUGCUUAAUCACCUGCCGUACCUCAUCAAGUGGGCAAGAUACACGUUUUUCAUCGUGCUGUAUCCGAUGGGAGUGAGCGGAGAACUGCUGACCAUCUAUGCAGCUCUGCCAUACGUGCAGAAGUCAGGCCUGUACUCCGUCACUCUCCCCAACAAGUAUAACUUCUCUUUCGACUACUACACCUUCCUCAUCCUUGUCAUGAUCUCCUACAUCCCCCUGUUUCCCCAGCUUUACUUCCAUAUGAUACGACAGAGGAAGAAGGUACUAGGCCACACAGAGGACUACAGCAAAGUGGAAUGAGGUGUGCAGAGCUCACAAAGGGUCCAAUGAGAGAAAAGCUAC